AUGACUUCUCAGGACGAGGUACAAGAGACAAAUCCCGAUAUUGGAAAUCUUGAAGUCAUAUCUAUUACAGAAGAUGAACUGCCAGUAACAGAACUUCAUUUUUCCUUCAAAAGAUUUUUCUGCAUACCGCAAACAAAAGUUGACCCCACUGCAGAUGGAUCUGGAGAUAUCCAACCACCUUCAAUGUGCCAUGUUUUAAUCUCCCCCAAAUCCCUUCCGUAUAUCUGUGUUUUAUUACUUGCAGUAAUCCUAGCAGUUGCCAUUGGCCUGGGUGUCCAAUACAACUGCAUUGGGAAGUUUCGCUGCCGAUCAUCCUUUAAGUGCAUCCAGAAAUCAGCCAGGUGCAAUGGUGUCUUCAACUGUAAAGAAGGGGAGGAUGAGUACGGAUGUGUCAGGUUGAGUGGCAAGAAAGCAGUGCUGCAAGUGUUCACUUCUGGAUCCUGGAGAACAGUCUGCUCUGAUGACUGGAAAGCAGAAUAUGGAAAUACUACCUGCAAACACUUAGGUUUCUCAAGUUAUGUGAGUUCAGGUUAUUUACCUGUGACUGCAGUUGAAAAACAAUUUCAAAGACAUUUUGUGUCCCUCAGCCAUUGGUUAUCAGCUGAUCAAGUGACAUCGCUGCACAAUGCAACAAACGUAAGAGAAGAAUGCACCUCUGGCAAUGUAAUCAUCUUGAAAUGUCUGGUGUGCGGGACGCGGGCCAGCUACGGGCCGCGCAUUGUGGGAGGCAACGCAUCCUCCCCCCGGCAGUGGCCGUGGCAGGUCAGCCUGCAGUUUCACGGACACCACCUCUGCGGUGGCUCCGUCAUCACUCCGCGCUGGAUCAUCACAGCUGCACACUGCGUGUAUGACCUGUACCUUCCGAGCUCAUGGAGUGUGCAAGUUGGCUUUGUGACUCAGCAAGACACCGAAGUUCACCCACAUUCAGUAGAAAAAAUUAUAUACCAUCGAAAUUAUAAACCCAAGACGAUGGGAAAUGAUAUCGCACUGAUGAAACUGGCAGCACCCCUUGCUCUCAAUGGUCAUAUAGAGCCAAUUUGUCUGCCGAAUUUUGGUGAGCAGUUCCCAGAAGGGAAAAUGUGUUGGGUGUCAGGAUGGGGAGCAACAGUUGAAGGAGGUGAUACAUCAGAGACCAUGAAUUAUGCAGGUGUUCCUUUGAUUUCUAAUUCAAUCUGCAAUCAUAGGGAUGUCUAUGGUGGAAUCAUAACUCCUUCAAUGCUUUGUGCUGGUUUCCUGAAGGGAGGCGUCGACACCUGCCAGGGAGAUAGUGGGGGACCCCUAGCAUGCGAAGAUAAGAGUAUCUGGAAAUUGGUGGGAACCACCAGCUUCGGGGUGGGCUGUGCAGAAGAGAACAAACCUGGAGUCUACAGCCGAACCACCUCGUUCCUGGACUGGAUACACGAGCAGAUGGAGGUGUGGCUUUGCCCUGUCUCUUCAUGUGUGGUGCAGACCACCUUCUGGUUGCUAACAGACUGGUUCUGUAGGCGCAGAAAUGCUGCUCCGGAUGAUGAGUGA